AUGAGAACGCUCGCGGUUGUGUCCGUGCUAGCCACGGCGGCCAUGGCCAUCGCCUGCGCGCACGCCGCACAGUGCGGUUCACAGGCCGGCCGGGCGACCUGCCCGAACUGCCUCUGCUGCAGCCGCUUCGGCUGGUGCGGCUCUACCCUAGAGUACUGUGGCGACGGCUGCCAGAGCCAGUGCUCUGGCUGCGGCACGCCCGACCCCUCUGGUGGUGGCGUUUCCUCCAUCAUCUCCCGCUCACUCUUUGACCGGAUGCUGCUGCACCGCAACAACGGGGCGUGCCAAGCUAAGGGAUUCUACACCUACGACGCCUUCCUAGCGGCCGCGGCCGCCUUUCCAGGGUUCGGCACCACAAGCAGCACCGCCACCCGAAAGCGUGAGGUGGCCGCCUUCCUAGCACAGACCUCCCAUGAGACCACCGGCGGGUGGGCUACAGCCCCAAACGGGCCCUACGCGUGGGGCUAUUGCUUCAAACAGGAGCGCGCUAAGUCCAACUACUGCACCCCAAGCGUGAUAUGGCCAUGUGCCCCUGGAAGACGCUACUAUGGCCGAGGGCCCAUCCAGCUCUCUCACAACUAUAACUAUGGGCCGGCGGGCCGCGGCAUCGGGGCUGACCUGCUAGGCAACCCGGGCUUGGUGGCCACAGACUCGACCGUGUCAUUCAAGACGGCAAUUUGGUUCUGGAUGACAGCGCAGCCACCCAAGCCCUCGAGCCACGCGGUCAUAACGGGCCACUGGAAUCCUUCAGCAGCGGACCGGGUUGCGGGGCGAGUGCCUGGCUUCGAUGUGAUCACCAACAUCGUCAACGGCGGGAAGGAGUGCGGGCAUGGGUAUGAUAAGCGUGUUUCUGACCGGAUCGGGUUUUACAAGCGCUACUGCCACAUCCUUGGCGUCACCCACGGUGACAGCCUUGACUGCUACAACCAGGAGCAUUUUCCUAUAAAUUUUUCUUGA